AUGACAGCUAUAAUAAUGUGGUUUGGACCAUUAUUGAUGGAUCAACCCUUUCCAAUCGAAGUUGAGUAUCCAUUCGAUGUAAAAAAACAACCACUAAGAACUAUUAUUUACUUGCAUCAUAUAAUGGCUGUAUACCAAAGUUGUGUGCAAGUAUGUAGCAACAUCUUUAUAGCUCUUCUGCUAUGGUUCAUAGCAGCAAGAUUCGAGAUUCUAUCCCAUAAAUUUCAGAAAAUUACAAAUAUCUCGGAAUUCAUAAUCUGUACACAACUGCAUCAACGGCUAUUACGAUAUGCAAGAGAUGUUACUAUGACAGUUCGAUAUAUAACGUUGUCAUCGAUAGGCUUUAGUACCAUAGCAGUGGUAUUUAGCGGUCUUACUUUUUUGAGCAAACAACCAUUAACUAUAAAAACCCAAUUUUUUGCCAUUGCCGCGUCUGCACUUAUAGAGGUUUUUAUCUGCGCAUGGCCAGCUGAUUAUUUAUUACUCACG